UCCGCUCGCUGUCAUGCAGGUGGAAUUCAGUCCAGCAGCCGUGUGAUUCAAGCACAUCAGGAUAGACAUUCAGUUUGAAGAGAGCUCCUCUCCAAACCUGACUUCAUCUCCGAGCAUCACAUCCACAAUUUACCUCAUCACAGUCAUGGCAUCAUCAGCACAGCCGAGGAGUUUGAACAGCACGCAGAUCGGAUACAUUUGAACGACGAUCUUCAGAGAGACUCGCAUCAUGCUCAGGUGGUCUGUCUUUCCCACUGAAGGAGAUCACACAGGCUGCGUUUGGGACAGAAAACAGUCGUGUGAAUGUUUAGAAUAUUAAUCAGAUCCUUUUUAUAAUCAUGGAGGAGAGCAAUACCUGUGAAUCAGUACCAGAUUUAAAGGAUCUGGAGUUGAAAGUGGGGAGAAAGACCCCAGAGGGGCUCCUGAAGUGGAUGAGAGAAGAGCACAAAAUGAUCUCUCAUCAACAGACAGACAAUAAUGAGACAGAGAAGAAGGGCCUGGAUGAGAAGAUCCGAAAACUUAAAAUGGAGAUGGCUUAUCUACGAGCAGCAGACGUCAAGAUCUUGAACCAGUUGCUAGCACUUCACGAGGGCAUCGAGGCAGUGAAAUGGCUCCUGGAAGAGCGUGGUGCGCUCACCAGCCGCUGCAGCAGCCUGACCAGCAGCCAGUACAGCUUAGGCGAGGGUCCCGACACCUCCUGGAGGGGCAGCUGGAGCAGUCUGCAGGACCCCCAUGACAAACUGGACAACAUUUCCAUUGGCAGCUAUCUGGACACAUUAGCUGAUGACCUGGAUGACUACUGCCCCUCUAGUGGGACUGAUUCAAUACUCUGUGCCACCCCCAUGGGGACAGAUGGCUCCAGAGGUACUGGAGGAGGAGUGGGAAGUUCCACUGGAUCUGGAACCCGAUCUCCACAAGUCAAGUCCGAUGCCCCUAAAGAAGAAGCUCAGGUUUGGAAUAAAGCGCCGUCUGAUACAUCGAGACCGUACCAGCCCAGCAAGACAAAUGGAAUCCUGGACAAAGCAGUGAAGCAAAUGGUCAGACCAGAUUCGCCCAGGGCUUGUCUCGCUGAGAAGCUGGGGAAGAAUCUGAGCCCUAAAAUGAAACCCUACAAGAAUGGCAAAGUUGAGUUGGAGAGCUGCAAAAUGAAUGGCAAAGUUCAACUGGAGUAUGACGCACACUGGCGUUGGGUGCAGUCGCAGGAUGAUGUGACUUUUUUGUGAUAAUAUAUGCAUGAUCAAGCCAAAGGUGUUGAUGGGAGACUGCUCUGCUUCUCUAUUCACCACUGAGCUUUUGUUUGUACACUUGGAUCUUUGAUUAAUUUGAGGCCAGCUUCUCAGAUCUCCUGAAAUGACAGCGGUUAAGAGGUCAGCAACGGAAAAGAAUAAGGAAUGGAAAGAAGCUUAGACCUGUGGGAGGUCAGAGUUUAAAAAUCCUGAAUUGAUGACAUUAUAUACUCUUUGUCAGGUUGUGUAGAUGUUUAUGGACGCAUGUUUCAAAUGUGCAUUUCAUAUGAGAUCAUAACCUUUUAUGUAAUGGCAUCUAUUGAUUCAACACAACUAUUUAUUAAGUCAGUAAUUCAGGACUUUAUUGAAUAUGUCAGUAUAUACAUUUCAUUUAAAUGAUGCGGUUUCAAUCCUAUGUGCUUAGGUUAUUUUAAAACAGUUCUCAGAAAGAUUCAUAAAGGUUUUUUUGCAUACUACCAUUUA